CCAAAUUUCAGAAAUUGCCCUGCUCUUUCUCUCUCUCUCUCUCUCUUCAUUAACAUUAACAUAUAUAUUAAGGGGUUUAGCAUUAAGCUUCGGACUCAUCUUAUCUCCAUCCACAAACCAAAUUCCUCUUCACUCCACUCUUCUGCUAACACCUCACAACAAUGGGCAUCCUUAGAUCAGAAGACAGGACAAAGGCCGAGCUCCACGAGUUCCGCCGCAUGUUAAUGGCAUCUGCCGGCGCCCAUCGCCGGAAAAACCAGCACGAUCAUCGAUUCAACGCCGCUGUUGACGAAACCGAUGAAGGUGAACGAGGUGGACUGGUUUGUGUCACCAGUGGUCUUUCCUUUUUAGGUAUCGCCAUCGUCAACCGCCUUUUGAUUCGUGGCUACUCCGUUCGAAUCAUCGUCGAUAAUCCAGAAGAUCUGGCUAAAAUAGAAGAAAUGGAGUCAAACUACAACAGUGGGAAUAACAAUAGUAAUAACAUAUCAGCCAUAAUGGCGAACCUAACAGAUGAAGAGAGCUUACUAUCAGAAGCUUUCAAGGAUUGUCGUGGUGUAUUCCACACCUCUGCUUUCAUUGACCCUGCGGGUCUCUCUGGCUACACGAAAUACAUGGCUGACAUAGAAGCCAAAGCGAGCGAGAAUGUGAUCAAGGCAUGCGCAAGAACACCAUCAGUGAAGAAAUUUGUGUUCACAUCUUCACUUUUGACUUGUCUAUGGCGAGACAGGAGCACUCAACAAGAAAAUUCUCCCGUAAUAAACCACGAUAGCUGGAGUAGUGAAUCGCUAUGUAGAGACAAAAAGCUCUGGUAUGCACUGGGAAAGCUACGGGCUGAGAAGGCAACGUGGAAAAUAGCAGAGCAAAGUGGGUUAAAAAUGGCAUCCAUUUGCCCAGGUCUCAUUACUGGACCUGAAUUUAACAAUAUCAAUGCAACAGCCACAACGGCUUAUCUUAAAGGAGCUCAAGAGAUGUACGAAAAUGGGGUGUUGGCAAGUGUGGAUGUAAACAGAUUGGCAGAGGCACAGGUGUGUGUUUAUGAGGCAAUGAGGAAGGGAAGAGGUGGUAGAUAUAUCUGUUUUGAUGAAGUUAUUAAGGAGGAAGAAAUGGCCGAGAAGUUGGCUAAGGAAAUUAAUGUAUCAAAGUCAAAAAUAUGUGGAACAGAAGAUAGAUCUACCAAUGCUCUACCUCGAUUUCAAUUGUCAAAAAAGAAACUUACAAAUCUUAUGAAUACUCAACAACGACCUUGUUACACCCAAAGUCAAGAACAGUUGUGAUCAUUAUUAGGUAAUUAGCUUAACUAAUUUAAGAGUUUUGUGUUGAAAACAGACGCAAAAUUGUAAGGGCGAUAUGGUUGGAAAAUGUUCUCAAAUAGAUUAAGAAAAUGUUUUUAUUUUUUAUUUUUUAUUUUUUAUUAUAUAUAUAUGUAUACUAAAAUAGCCAAUUAUAUAAAUGAAAAAGAAUUACCUUGUAUACGGUAUUUUUCA